AUUCGUCUGGCGUCCGAACAGCGCGUGGAGCGGACUGUGCAAAGAGUGAGGUGAAUGGAACCUACAGCCUUCGCUAUGAUCGAUUGAUGGCGAAGACCACAGUGCACGGUUGGAAACACUUCAGCGAUACGCCAUAUUGUGUGUGCAGAAGGCGAUGCCUCCCAGCCAUUUACUAUAAGCUAGCAGCCAUGGACUGGGAACGCCACGGGGUCGGGCCUCCUUCUGCUUCUGAUAAUAGUCAUGCUGCUGAGAACAGUAUACCGAAAAUACGAGUGGACAGAAUUGAUAAGUACGAAGCCAAUGCAGGACUGCCGCAAUCGAAAUCUGACAGCGAUCUUGGAGGGCCGACGGUCAGUAUGCCCGAUAUUACAUUCGCCUUGGCUGAUUCGGGCCACAAUCUUGUGGAAGGGCAACCAGAAGACGGCCAAGGCGGUGUUAAACGGUCGGGCAGUAAACUGAAUGUGUACUGUUCCCCGCGGAUGACCAGGAGAUCCUUCCAAGACGGAGAUACGUCUGGCGACCCGGAGUGCUGGCUCGAUGGAUUUGAGCCCUCUCGCUCUCUACUGUCUUUACGGAGUUCCACUCAACUAGGCAGUACUACCUCACUGGAUACGAACUUCACAGGCAGGUCUCUGGGUCUUUUAUCUGAUGAUUCCGACAGAACAUUCCUUUCGGACAAACCUGUUGUGCCCAACAGUCCCACCAGAAAAUUACUUCGAAGAUUUUUUUCAAAUCCAGAAAAUUGCCCCGGAGGUGACGCGACGAUUAAUCGGAGUUCCAAAUCGUGGACAAACCUCAAGGAGGUGCAAAUGGCCUGUAUUGAUAUAGAAGAGGUGGAGAAACGCUUGACGGAGGAGGGGAACCCGUCAGGACCAAGUGAGAUUCAGGCAAUCUUAGAGAAUCUAAACAGGCCUGGCCGUGACUCCCCCCAGUCUUUUGACCUUCUUUGUGAGGAUUCGAUGAGGUCUAAUUUCGUGUCCUCCAGACGCACCCAGAAGGCCCUCAGUGAAGGGCGAAUUCGCCAGUGGCUGCAUGACCUUAGUCAAGAACAACAGCAACCAAACACUAACGAUGGACAAGAUGACGUUGUCAAACACUGAGACUGAUUUUGACGUCGUUAAGAUGUUUUUCUUAUUCUGUAACCUCUCCAGUGAAUAGUAAUCAGAAAA